CGCAGUGCUGUCUGGACUCUUCCUGGCGCAACAGCUCUUUCUCAGUCGAUCCAGACAACAACAACAACAACAACUUGAAAAACAACUUGACAAUCAUUCCAAAUUUUUAAAAAACAGCCGGCCCAUCAUAUCAUUUUGCCGGGCACAAAAGGAAAAACAAAAAAGUGAUUUGUGAUUUGUGUGUGUGUAUGUGUGCUGUGUGUCGAGUGUCUGUGCAACAUAUUUCGAUUGGAAUUUAUACAUCAAAUAAUUUUUAAACAAUUUCGUUUGAUUUCGUGAGCGUGAAAGCAAAGCGGCCGAUUAAUGACACGCGCUGUGGCCGGCUCCUAGAAAAAUUAAAGUGAGUGCGUGUGCCCGUCGCUGUGCGUACGUGAUUGAAACCCAAAAUUCUACACAGUUGGAAAUAACUACCGGACAGAUUUAUUUUUUAAAAAUUUGGGAUUUUUAUAAUAUGAUCCGAUUAUAAUCUCCAAUUCAACUGUCAUCUUUAAUCUUAUAGCCAAAGGAAAGCGGCUUAUUAUAGAUGUGUGUCUAACUCAAUUUGGUGGCCCGUCAGCUGUCCGGCAGCACGUGUCCGUUUGUUUUAUUAUAAAUCAUCGAAAGAAUAAAAAGAAAUUGGAAAAUAAAACUAUAAAAAUUACGUGGGGUAAGUUACAAUUUUUGAUCGAAUCAAAGCCGAUCGAUGAUUGUCGGUCCGUCAGCUGCUGGAGGCAUGUCCGACCUGGUGGCACAUCAUCAUCACAUGUCCGGCUUUGCCGCCCAUCACCACCAUCACCACAUGGGGCUGGGUGGCAUGAUGGCCGCCGGAAUGAUGCCGGGAAUGUCUUCGACGUCGACGGGGAUGACGUUGCCCAGUCAAUCUCCUCCUUCAUCCAACAACAACAACAACAACAACAAUUCGUCGUCUUCGGUUGGCGGGACGUCGUCGCUGAGUUCCGGCGGAAACGGCGGCGGUGGGGCGGCCCUGCCGUCGUUCGGCUUCACGCAGGAGCAGGUGGCCUGCGUCUGCGAGGUCCUCCAGCAGAGCGGCAACAUUGAGCGGCUGGCCCGUUUCCUCUGGUCGCUGCCGGCCUGCGACCAGCUGCACAAGAACGAGAGCGUCCUCAAAGCCAAGGCCGUCGUCGCCUUCCACCGCGCCAAUUUCAAAGAACUCUACAAACUCCUGGAAACCCAUCCAUUCUCGCCGCACAAUCACCCAAAACUGCAGGCCCUUUGGUUGAAGGCGCAUUACAUCGAGGCGGAAAAGUUGCGCGGACGGCCGUUGGGUGCGGUGGGCAAGUACCGGGUGCGCAGAAAGUUCCCGCUGCCGCGGACCAUCUGGGACGGCGAGGAGACGAGCUACUGCUUCAAGGAGAAGUCGCGAUCGGUGCUCCGCGAUUGGUACGGCCACAAUCCGUACCCGUCGCCGAGGGAGAAGCGCGAGCUGGCCGAGGCCACCGGCCUGACGACCACCCAAGUCUCCAACUGGUUCAAGAACCGGCGGCAGAGAGACAGGGCCGCCGAGCACAAAGACAGAGUGUCGGGCGGAAGUUCGGCCAAGGACGGCGGAGACGGCGCCAACGACGCUUCGGCCCUGGACGAAUCCGGGUCCGAGUCGCUGGACGGAGACGGUCCCGACGUUGCCAUGGCGACGUCGUCGCUGGCGUCGGCGCGUCACUCGGCCGCCCUGUUGGACACGCCCUCGCCGCCGCCCCCUCAUCACAUCCAACACCACCACCACCAUCAUCACCACCACCAGCAACAACAACAACAACAACAACUCAACAACAUGGCCGCCGCACUGGCCAACUCCCUCCCGCACCACGGCAGCAACCAGGACUCGCUGAUUGGUGGCGGAUCGAUCGGCGAUUUGUACCCGGACCUGAAACUGGCGUCCGUCUACCACACGAGCCACCAGUUGCAAAUGGCGUCGGCGGCGGCGGCUGCGGCGGCUGCGGCGGCCGCAGCCGCCGCUUUCGGCUCGCCCGGCCACCACGUCACCUCGCACCACCCGUCGCACGCCGAUCUGGCCCACUCUCUGCUCCAGCAACAACAACAACAAUCGACCGGGCCGGCCCAGCAGCAGCCAACGGCCCACGACUACAACAAUCCGCACGCCAAUUCGUGACGACCACCGUAGAUUCAAAAAUUCAAAAAUUAUUCAAAUUUCAAUUGAGUUUAUUUUCCCGCCAGAAAAAUUCAAAUUGAUUAUAUAAUUCCCUUUUUUUUUAAAUUCAAAAUUUCAUUUGCUAUAUUUCGCCAACCUAUUCCAUUCCAAAAAGAAAAGAUGUGUAUAAUCAAUUUUUUAAUUUUAA